UCGCCGCACACCUCUCGUUCGACGGUUCUAAAAAGCCGUCGGAGCCCGCAGAUAAUUAAUUACACACAAGGUCGCGGCAGAAGCUGCCCUUGCCCGAUUAGAUAGGGCGCCGUGUAGGAGAAAGUUGAGUCAGUCAGCCGUCGCAGACGCCGCUCUCAGUCCACGUGCGUACGCUCGCCGGGAGAGACAUCGCGCUCGCUCGCCACUGUCCGUCUCACCAUGUCCGAGGAGUCGUUGGCCGUCGUCGGGGGAGGUCUGGUUGGGUCCCUCUGCGCGUGUCUCCUCGGCAACCGGGGCUACCAAGUCGACCUCUACGAAUCCAGGGACGACAUCCGACUGCAGGAGCAUGUCCCCGGUCGGAGCAUCAACCUGGCGCUGUCUGUCCGCGGGAGGGCGGCACUGGCGCUGCUCGGGCUCGAGGAAGAGGUCAUCGAGCGGCACGCCAUUCCGAUGCGGGCGAGGCUUAUCCACCACCCAGACGGCUCGCGCAGGGCCAUGCCGUACGGAAAGGAGGGACAGGCUAUCUACUCGGUAGGGCGGCGUUUCCUCAACGAAGUCUUGUUGACGGCGUGCGAGGCCAAUCCCAACGUGAAAAUACACUUUCGUCACAAGCUUCAGACGGCGGAUCUCGACAAAGCGCAUCUCACGUUUCGCGGGCCCGAUGGUCAAGAGCUUCGCGUCCAGCAUCGCGCCCUGUUCGGAUGCGAUGGCGCUUACUCUGCGGUACGGCGGCAGAUGCUUCGAAGGCCACGGUUCAACUAUUCCCAGACUUACAUCCCCCACGGCUACCUAGAGCUCUGCAUACCGCCCACAAAAGACGGCCAGUUCGCCAUGGAAGUGAACUAUCUGCACAUCUGGCCCCGGGGUGAGUUCAUGCUGAUAGCGCUGCCCAACCAGGACCGGACAUACACGGCGACGCUGUUCAUGCCCUUCGACAUCUUUGAGAGCCUGUCCUCGGCGGAGGAAGUGCUCGCCUUCUUCCGCGUCCACUUCCCGGACACCAUUCCGCUCAUCGGAGAGGACCACCUGGUAAAGAGUUACUUCGCUGUGGACGCCUCACCCAUGGUUAUGAUCAAGUGCAAUCCCUAUCACGUGGCCGACAAGUCAAUACUGCUGGGAGACGCCGCCCACGCCAUGGUGCCCUUUUACGGUCAGGGCAUGAAUGCUGGUUUCGAGGAUUGCUGCCUGCUGAACGAGUUGCUCGACCAGUGUGGGCUGGAUGACCUGGGUGCCGUCUUCUCAAAGUUCACCACAACCAGAAACCCGGAUGCGGAAGCCAUCUGCGACCUAGCCCUUUACAACUACGUCGAGAUGCGCGACCUGGUGAACACGCCCGUCUUCCUGCUGCGCAAGAAGCUGGACACACUGCUGAAUCGGCUCGCGCCCAGUCUUUGGAUUCCACUCUACACCACGGUCACUUUCUCCAGAACCAGGUACCACGAGUGUGUCAAAAACAGAGCCUGGCAGGACAAGUUGCUGUCCCGAAUAGUGAGCGGCACCCUGGCCAGCUUCGGAGUCGCAGCGCUCGCCGUUGGCUUGCAGUAUGCCCGAAACUUCUAGUUGUCUGACUCUGCGUGCUCACGAGAGUGCCCAGUCGUACCCAAGCCAAAGAGGAGGAUGACCGCGCUUCCAUGCAUUUUCUAGGCAGCUCGAAGACCAUUGGGACAGCAGUGCGGGCUAGUAGGCGUCCUCGAAAGAGAGAAACGGACAACCUCCCCCCGCCCCCCCCCCCUCCCCCCUUCCUGUCUACUGUUUUAGAAACUGCUCGAUAUAAAGGUGAUCGUUGACGUUGAAAGAUCCGAAUGCGAA